CUGGUUUAAUAGAGAUUUGGAUUCAAAUUUAUUGGAGAGUUCUUGAGUAAAACGAUAUUCAAGAGAUAUUUACAAGAUUACUUCCAGGGAAAACAUUCAUUUCUCUAAAAAGAAUAAGUAUAGGAAUCGGAAAAUGUAAUAUUUUUUACCAGAAAUUAGUGAGAAUCGUAACGAGAUCGCAAAGCAAACAAACGAAAUAAAUGAUUUCCGUGAUAGCACUCUUCAACAGUCUCGUCAAAUUGACAAUCUACUGAAGGAAAACACAGAACAAAACUCUGAAAUCAGGGACUUGAGGAAAGAUUUGGUCGGACUUGAAACAAUGAACAGAAAACUUCUGGAAGAAUUGGGCGAACAAAAGCAAACAAACAAUGAGAUGAAGAAAGCACUGAAUCGGAUUGAAGAAAAACUCUUUGCAAUGGAGAAGCCUCAACAGGUUCAAUCUGGAAACCAACAGAGACCGACGACAACAACCAAAACAACUCUGAAACCGACCCCUUCCCCAGAAAACUGCAAAUUGAAGAUCAGCAAUGUUUGUCAUUUCGCUGUGAUAUUUGCUGAAGAUGAUGUCAACUACAACAAAGCAGUUAAUAUUUGUAAGAAACGUAACGCAGAUGUUGGUUUGACUCAAGAUGAAGAAUCUUACAAUGCGGUUAUGAAUUACUUGAGAAGUAAUAUUCCAAAGGGAAGGUCGUGGAUUGAUAUCUGGACAGGAAUCUACUUUGAUCCAAAGACGGAUGACGUCACACCUGCAGAUUCAUUCAUUAACUGGUAUCCAACUGCACCACUCCACGGCAUGGGUAGCACAACUGUUUAUCUCAAUGUUGAUUCCAAACCAUCUAAGUGUUGGCAAGGAAUGGUGAAUGCUUCUCCUACUUUGAAUCUAAACGGAGUUAUUUGUGAAAUCCUGAUCUAA